AUGUCAAUUUUAUCUAACACUACUAAAACCUUGAUUAAUGUGUUGGACAUAUAUGCUAAGAACUAUGAAAGAAGUUUAAAACAUUAAAGCGGGUUAUUUAAAAUGAUUUACUACACUAGUGUACUUUAUGUAUAACUACUACUACCCAUUUACUAUUCAAUUAUGUAUUAUUGUUAAAUAAUAAUUUAUUUUACAGGAUAUAUAUUUUAUGCGAAGUUUUAAAAAUAGCACUCCUAGGGGUAAAUUAUACACAAAAUUUUACAAUAAUAUGCGAUCGCUGAAGACAAGCGGAUUAAUCGAAAAAAAUAAUAAAAAUAUUAAUCUGAAUAAUUUUUCAACAGAUAACUUUAUUAUAGAACCAGAAGAAGAGGACAUCAGAGAUAUUAUCGACAUAAUAAAAUAUGAUCAUUUAAAUAUUCCAUUUACGAAGUUACAAGAGUAUUGGGGUGCUACUGUCAAUUUUAGACUUAAAAAGAUUAGAGAGGCUAAAGAAACAAACGAAAUAAUAAAUGAAUGGGCUAGUUAUAGAUUACCCCUUGGAUAUAAACUCGUGGAUAUUGACUUUAAACAACUUAUCAAAUAUAAUAGUAUGAUGGUCGAUUCAUUUGAUGAUUCUUACCAAGAUAUUAUGAAUAUUAUAGAAAAACACAAUAAAGACCGAGAUAGCAAAAUACUUGUAGAACAGCUUUCUCAAAGAUCAGACAUUUGUCAAAGUGGAAAAAAUACAGCAUUCUUCUAUCUAUUAAGCUCGCUUUUCGUGCCAACGUCGAGAAAAGUGACGAGAGAUGAAAAUGGAAAAAAAAAUAUCAUUAAAUAUUCUAUAAAGGACUCUCAAAAUUCAUUCAUUAGUUUCCACGAGACAGUUGACCAAGCUGAAGCUUAUAUCGCAUUACUACAAAGUAGAAAUCAGCCAAUACAACCAUUCAUUUUAAUUAUUGGCACGAUUUUAAAACCACGAGAUAUAUUAUUAUAUUUUGAUGCCAUCAAGUAUAAAAUUUUUUCAAUAAUAAGAGCAGUGGAUGUCUGCUUUAAGAUAUUCCAUGUUUUUAAUUUAGAAUACCCACUUCCAUCAUGCGCUGUCUGGACAUUUAUUCAACAAUAUUACUACAAAUUAUUUUUAAAGAACGACUACUCCCAUCAAACAGUAAAACAAGUGCUACAUGAUCUCAACAAAAUAGUAAAAUAAUAUUAUUAUAUUAAUAUUAUAUUGAAAAAUCCUUUUAUUUUUUCACUUUAUAUUUUUCUUCUUUUCAUUUGUAUUAAUUAUUUGUAAAUUAUUAAUUUUUAUUUGAUUAUUUAAAAUUAAUUUUACAUCCAAUGUAUAAAGUUUAUACUAUAAACAGAUUGUAAGCUUUCUUAAAAUUCAUUAAAAAUAAAAGGUGAUAAAUACGCCGUUUCAGUUUAUAUUCCAUAUGUCUAUUUAAAUACACAUGUGUAAAGGUUUUAUUUAUAAUUUACUAUUGAAAAAUUAAAAGUUGUUCAUUAAAUUAUUUUUAAUAUUAUAAAUACUACACAAUAUAUAUAUUAAAUAACGUGUUUAUUUAAGUAAAUUAUUACCAUAAUUAAGAUUAAAUUUAUAAUUUAAUA